GCAGAUUUAGCGUAUCUAGCAAAAUUGCAUGCUUGUUUACAUCGGCUGGAAUAAAUUAAAGCAAUAUUUUUUUAAUGAAAUCUCCUACUAUAUGAAAAAUAUUUGGUUGCAGAUGUUUCGAUUGUCAAUAGUUUUGAAAAAUAUAUGGGAAUUAAUAGACUGUAGCAUAUACAUAUUCAGCUCUGUCAUUAUUACAUAUAUUCUUAUGUAUCUUGGACAGAAGCUUGUGAAUCAUUGCAUCCAAGCGUACACAGAAUUGUGUCAAAUUCCGUUUUAUAUGAUUUCUAUAAGAACCCAAAAAUUGCUGGUAUUUAUGAUAUUGAGAAGUUCGAAACCAUGCGUCCUCUCAUUCGGAAGUAUGUUCGUGUCGUCCCAUGAACUUUUCGUUGGGAUUAUGCAUAAAGCAUUUUCCUUUGCAAUGGCAUAUUAUAGUAUUCAUUAGCUUCAUCUUAGUUGAUUGAAAAAAGCAUACCUUUUUUUCUAACAAAACGAAAAUGUACUAACUCGUAUUAAAUAGACUGAAUUUAGUAAACGUAAAUGUACACAAUUUUUAUUCAAGUUUCAUCCAUUUCACAUGUCUGACUUUUAUGUAAAUAUACAGAUAUCGAUCUUCUACGAGGGACUCACUGUAACGCGUUAAAAACAAUUUGCAUUUUAACUAUACGUAAGAUUAUUCUUGUUUUUAUGUAUUCAAUUAAUUUUUUGUGUAACGUACCGUGUUGACAAUAAAAU